AUGGAAUCUAUCACAACCGGUAGGCCGAAUAGUCUUGAUUCUAGCGCAGAAGAUGUGCUAGAACCUCCUGACUCUAGUACUGAGGUAAUUUUGCCUGCUUCUGAGAUGGUUAAAGGAAGGUUUGAUUCGAUUGGAAAUGGUAUGCUCUCUUCACAAGAAACAGGUCAGACUGCCAUAGAUAUGAUGGUACAAAACAACAAACUGCUAGAUAAUAGAAAGUAA